ACAGGAUGGACGAGCUGGCUCCGAGAUCGACGUCGCCAAGCAUAUUUUUGUGUGUUUGAGCGUCCCGCUUGCUGUCCAGCAGACGAAACAUGUUGGGAAGUCUCACCGGCGCGAAGAUAUAUAAGUAGGUCAUGGUAAACUCUGUGUACAACACCAACUACCUUUUUCCUCUGCUCAUUUCCAAUCUUUUGACUUUGCUAUUUCGCUUUUUGCUAUCUCAUUGCUUCCAAGAUGAAGCUCUCCAUUUUUGUCGCACUUGCGCUAUCCCCCCUUUUUGCCAACGCAUUCCGAGGUUCUCAGCCGGUUAUCAAGGAGAGCAUCCGCUCCGCUCCACUAGGCUGGACUCCUACGGGACGCGCACCCGCCGACUACGUCCUCUCGCUCAAGCUCGCACUCGCCCAGUCCAAGUUCGCAGACCUGGAGAGUCAUCUCCGUGAAGCCAGCGACCCGGCGCACCCCAACUAUGGCGCUCAUCUGAGCAAGGAAGAGGUCCAUGCGUUCCUGACGCCCGAAGCCGACACGCUCGAUAUCGUUCAUGAGUGGCUAAGUAGCCACGGAGUCGGUGCGGAGAGUAUGUCAAAGUCCGCGGCUGGCGACUGGGUGACUCUUCAGGUGCCUGUGGAGCUUGCAGAACAGAUGUUCGACACGCAAUUCCACGCCUACGUCCACGAGGCAUCCGGCGACACGGCCGUCCGUACGACGUCAUAUAGCCUUCCUUCCAUUCUACAUCCCCACAUCGACCUCGUUCAGCCGACGACGAUGUAUGCGCGCACUCAGCCCGCCCGAAUCACGUACCGCUACUCUGGUGGUCUGGUGUACAGCGCUGAAGGCGACAACGGCACGAUCACUGGGCCGGCGGGCAACGCCCUUGAUCAGUCUUGCAGUUAUCAGAUCACUCCGACCUGUCUCAAGCAGCUCUACAACGCCGAGGGAUACAUCCCCUCUAAUACUAGCGGGAACGCGAUUGGUAUUACAGGUUAUAUCGAACAGUAUGCCAACUACGAAGAUCUGCAGACGUUCUACAAGAGCCAGAACCCCGCUGCGGCUGGGUCUAACUUCACCUUCGUAUCUGUCAACGGCGGCAAGAACAUUCAGGAUCCAGCAAAUGCCAGCACGGAGGCGAAUCUGGAUGUUCAAUAUGCUCUUGGUAUGACCUAUCCGACUCCGGGCACGUUCUGGUCGACUGCGGGCGAGCCGCCUUUUAUCCCUGACGAGUUUGCCCCGUCAAAUGUCAAUACUCCUUGGGCUGACUGGGCCGAUUAUAUCCUCAAUCAGACCGAUGUCCCGCAGACUAUCUCGACGAGCUAUGGGGACAGCGAGGAAACAGUUCCAUUCAGCUACGCCGAUCGGGUCUGCAAAUCGUUUGCAGCUCUUGGUGCCCGCGGUGUCUCCCUCCUCUUUGGGUCCGGCGAUGGCGGUGUUGGACUACUCUACAGCGCAAUGAAUCAAACCUGCCACCGUAACAACGGCUCUGACGCUCCCGCGUUCUUGCCCAUGUUUCCAAGUAGUUGCCCGUACGUGACCUCCGUAGGAGCGACCAUCGGCAUUCCCGAAGCAGCGGCCAACUUCUCUGGUGGUGGAUUCAGUAACUACUGGGGGCGGCCGUCCUACCAGCAGUCGCACGUCGAUUCCUAUCUCUCCGAGCUUGGCGACAAGUACGCGGGGAUGUACAACGCAUCUGGCCGCGCCUACCCAGAUGUCUCCGCGCAGGGAGUGAAUUACCUGGUCUACAUCGCCGGCCAGCCGCAUAACGUCUCGGGCACAUCUGCUGCAACGCCUGCAUUUGCAGCGAUUGUGUCGAUGCUCAAUGAUGCGCGACUCAGAGCCGGAAAGUCCUCCCUUGGCUUCCUCAACCCCAUUCUGUAUGGCAAUGCCAGCGUGGCACUUAAUGAUGUUACAGAGGGGAACAACCCUGGAUGUGCGACACCUGGUUUCAAUGCGACGAAAGGAUGGGAUCCAGUUACGGGCCUCGGCACACCAAACUUCGAAAAAUUGAAGGAUGUGGUAAUGAGUUCUUAAUCUGUUCUUCGAGGUGGCAGACAGCCGUUACAUCUACGGCUUGCUCCGAGUCCUUGUAUCAAACUCAAUAAUCCACAUUCUGGACUAAAUCCACUUCUACUCUAUGGCAUAAAUCAAUCUAACUGCGUAUUCGCAGCUACUCUCGUUGAUACCGCCAUUAUUAUCUAUGGCUUGCUAAUUUACC